AUGGGUUCCAUUGUCCUGUCCGGACGCCAGCUCCAAAGGCCUCUCUCUAGUUUAUGUAGAAGCUGUAGUCGCCGACUUCUCCCCCAAUUAUCUCGGUCGUACGCCAGUGCCAGUUCGCAACAACUAGAUAUCUACGAUGUUGUAUGCGUGGGCGGUGGCCCCGCUGGUCUAAGUCUGCUCACGGCGCUGAGAUCGAACCCGACAACCGCCGGCCUGCGAGUAGCCCUCGUCGAAGCGCAAGAUCUAGAGAAAAUCCGCUCGUGGAAGCUACCCCCCGACCGUUUCUCGAAUCGUUGCAGCUCACUGACCCCGGCAUCCGCGCAGUUCCUUGAGAAUGCAGGCGCCUGGGCACACGUACGCCGCGAUCGCGUCCAGCCGUACCAUGAGAUGCAGGUCUGGGACGGGGUGACGGACGCGCGCAUCGAGUUCGAGUGGACACCGCCCGCUACCGGGAAGACUAUCGCAUACAUGACCGAGAACCUGAACCUGACAUCCGGCCUACUGCGCCGGAUAGAUGAACUAGGCGGCGUGACGGUGUUCAACGGAGCCAAGGUUGCGGGUAUCGCGUUCGGCGAGGAGACGGAGGACUUGGACCUUCGCGAGUGGCCUAUUGUGCAUCUAGCGAGUGGAGAGCGACUGGCUGCGCGGCUGCUGGUAGGUGCUGAUGGAGUGAACAGCCCCGUGCGCGCAUUCGCAGGGAUCGAGAGUAAAGGGUGGGAUUAUGAGAGACAUGGAGUCGUGGCGACGUUAGAGCUUGAAGGAGAGGGAUGGGGUGGAGACGCCAUGAAAACUGCAUACCAGAGAUUCCUACCUACGGGCCCCGUCGCUAUGUUACCUCUACCCGGAAACUUAUCAACCCUAGUAUGGUCGACAACGCCGUCGAAUGCUGCGUUGUUAAAGAGCCUGUCCCCGAAGGACUUUGUUGCUUUGGUUAACGCGGCUUUCCGGCUACGUCCCGUGGAUCUCGAAUAUAUGCACACACUAAGCUCCGGCCAAGAGGAAGAGCUAUCUUGGAGACUGCAACACACGCAGUUUAACCGCCGGGCGAUACCACAGACAGUUGUGGGUGUACAGGAGGGCACUAUCGCGUCGUUCCCACUGAAGAUGCGACACGCGGAUACAUACAUCGGGGAGCGUGUCGCGCUGGUAGGAGAUGCAGCCCACUCGAUACACCCGCUUGCUGGGCAGGGCCUCAACCAAGGCCAAGGAGAUGUAGAAAGCUUAGCACGAACGAUCGAGUUUUCAGUAUCACACGGCCAGGAUCUGGGAACGCGGAUGUCUCUCGAGUCUUACAACUCAGAGCGUUACGGGCCUAACCACGUUCUCCUGGGGGUCUGCGACAAACUGCAUAAGAUCUAUUCGGCUGGUAGCGGACCCCUAGUACCUUUAAGGUCGUUGGGGCUUAACGCGAUUAAUGCUAUGGGACCUGUCAAGAGCUUCUUUAUGGAGCAAGCUGCGGGCAAUGGCAUCAAGCUGUUCUAG